AUGUGUAAGUUCCAGGACAAUGGAAUGAGCCGCCAUAGAAAGACUUCGCUGACGGCCCCUAGCUGUAAAGCAUGGCUUCGGCAAUCACACUUGGGAGGUGCCAAAGCCCGAAAGAAUUCAGGCGUUGAAGGUGAGGGCUUACAGCAUACCAUUCCCUCUCGCCUCCUGAUAUACAAAAUCGUCAUCUCGCUCACCAAGGUUGCAAUCUUGCUACUCUACCUGCGACUCUUCUCUGUGCAAAAGGUUUUUCGCUGGCUAUGUUACGCUCUCAUUGCAUUGACUGUUUUGUCGGGUAUUGCGUACACGCCUCUAACAAUCUGGCAAUGCUCGCCGGUACAAGCCUUUUGGGAUCGUUCCAUUCCACACCAGUGUAUCGGAAAUCAGCACUGGCGACUGUCGUAUUCAGUGAUAAACAUAGGCACUGACUUUUUAAUUCUGUUUCUCCCGAUACAACGGAUUUUUUGCCUCCAGCUAGAACGAAGGGAUAAGAUUGCGUUGAUUUUUAUCUUUUCUUUGGGUGCAUUUGUGUGCAUCAUAAGUGUUAUCCGAGUGACAACCAUUCGCAGGGUUGGCAAGCGGAAGGACCCGUUGUGGAACACAUUUCCACUCGGCUUGUGGAGCGUUGUUGAAGUCAACACGGGCAUUGUCUGCGCCUGCAUGCCUAUGAUUCGCCAGUCACUUUCUGUACUCAAAUCUGCCAGCCACAGGUCCUACGGGCUGACAAACGGUGGGUCGACAAUGCCUACUGCUGCCAUAUGUUGGACCAAGCAUGAAGAAGAGAAUAUUUAUAUGGCAUCUAUAAAACCAGGGAGAGAAUCGCCAAUUUUCCGGACAGAGAGUGAAGAGAGGAUUAUUGGGCCCGAAAAUGCUGAUCCGAAUGAUAUGCGGAUAUUUCAGCGGACGGAAAUAUCAAUAAUUGACUCGAGUAGAGCAUAG